UUUGCGCGGUUUUGUGGUUUGUACGCAUUCAUGUCAACGGCGGAGAGAGUGCAGCGGCGACUAGACGUGCUGUCCGGUCAUAUCCGUUAUCAAUCUGCUCAUUCCCUGAAGGCAGAACGUUGCAGUUCAGGCGAGUCACGUGACGAGAAGCAGAGCGUGCAGAGAGCGUAUCCUCAACGACGUCAAGAAGUAUUGAAAUGGAAUGGUUGGGGUUACAAGGAUUCCAAGUUUUAUUUGAACAAAGAUGGUGUCAUUGAGUUUACUGGCAAGAGGUAUAAGAUUGGAGGCCAUUCAUUGCCCAAACUACGAGAGUUUGCAGAGAAACGUGUGGGCAUGGAUGUGCAAUACCACACUCCGUCUCAGGAGUUAUCAGACAUGCCUAUCCCUAUGGCAGUGGUCAAUGAGAAAUUUGUUUGUACUGUUAAAGAAAUUGUUGGUGAAAGUCAUGUUUCUGAUUCGGUUGAAGACAGGGUACAACAUGCACAUGGUCAUGCCUGUCAUGAGGUCUAUGCAUUGCGACAUGGGCAAUUUAAGAGAAUACCAGACUUAAUUGUUUGGCCAGAGAAUCACAAUCAAGUUGUGAAGAUUGUCGAAGCUGCCUCAUUUCACAAUGUCUGUCUCAUACCAUUUGGUGGAGGGACUAAUGUUUCAGGAGCUGUCGAGUGUCCAGCAGAUGAGAAGAGAAUGAUUGUAUCUGUUGAUAUGAUUGAAAUGGACAAGAUUCUGUGGAUUGAUGAACAGAACCUCACCAUGUGCGCUCAAGCUGGCAUCAUCGGUGACGACCUAGAGAGACAGUUGAAGGCAAGGGGUUACUGUACGGGCCAUGAUCCCGACUCACGUGAGAUCAGUUCAUUGGGUGGUUGGAUAUCAACACGUGCAUCAGGAAUGAAGAAGAAUACAUAUGGAAAUAUUGAAGAUCUGCUUGUUGGAGUGAAGAUGGUCACUUCUCGUGGUGUCAUCGAACGUGCCUGUCAAGUUCCUCGUAUCUCAUCUGGUCCAGACAUUCAUCACUUUAUCAUGGGCUCGGAAGGCACACUCGGCAUCAUCACAGAGGCAACUCUCAAGAUCCGGCCGCUGCCCGAAGUGAAGAGAUACGGAUCGUUGGUGUUUCCAGAUUUCGAGAGUGGAGUCGGUUGCAUGAGAGAAGUGGCACGUCAGCAUUGUGCUCCUGCAUCCAUUCGAUUGGUCGACAACGAGCAAUUCCAAUUCAGUCAAGUUCUAAAGCCGUCACCAUCAUUCUUCACUUCCAUCAAGGACAGACUGAAAACAUUUUACGUUACAAAAUUCAAGAGAUUUGAUCCCGAGAAGUUGUGUGUUGCUACUUUGGUGUUUGAAGGAGCACGAGAGGAUGUUGCGAGUCAAGAGUAUCGUGUGUAUAACAUUGCUGCUAAAUUUGGUGGCUUACCUGCCGGAGAAGAAAACGGCGAGAGAGGCUACAUGCUGACAAUGUCAAUAGCCUAUCUACGAGAUAUCGGACUUGAAUAUUCGGUCUUAGCCGAGUCGUUUGAGACAUCAGUGCCUUGGGACAGAGUGGUGGAUACGUGUCGUAAUGUGAAGGAUCGUAUUCAACACGAAUCGCAACGUUAUCAGCUUAUUCAUCUACCGUUUGUCAGUUACAGAGUAACGCAGACAUACGAUGCUGGUGCUUGCAUUUACUUUUAUAUGCUGUUUAACUAUCAUGGAUUGUCGGAUCCGGUUCGUGUGCACCAGGAACUUGAACACGCUGCAAGAGAGGAGAUCUUGUCAAGUGGAGGCAGCAUAUCACAUCAUCACGGAGUUGGUAAAGUUCGUAAACAAUGGUUGAGUGAAACAGUGUCAGAGCCGGCAGUCGAAAUGUUGAGAGCCGUUAAACAACAGACUGACCCUCAGAAUAUAUUUGGGUCAAACAACUUGAUAUCACACAUCAGUGACAAAUAUUAAUUAUUAACUCAGUUGUUUGUGUUACUCUCAUAUAUAAUAAUGCAUUCGAUGUGAUGUUGACAAGGUCACGUGAUGACAAUUGUUUUGUGGCCAUUGAUAUAAAUUGAUAUCAGUGAUAAAAAUAUUGAUAUCAAUUGGAAUGGCUUAAGUCUCAUAUAAUCUUUGUUAUUGUUUAUUGAGUAACACAACCAAAUUAGCACUCAAAUUGAGACUGAAGUUUUACCAUGUUUAACAUGUG